ACGAGGCGUAAUCUCUUAUUCCUUCACGUUCUUUUCUCCAAACUCUUUCGUUCCUAAUGGCACUCUCCGCAGGCGCACGUCCAAAACGCCGCUCCAAGAAGGUGUCUGAUCCAGACUUCGUGUACGAUUUUCCAACGGACUCGCUGUUUCAUGACGCUCUCAUUCUGGAGCAGAGCAAUCCCGUUGACCCCGUUCUCUUCGAACAGUCUACCAAGUCAGAAGCUAGAUCGUCUAAAUCAAAAACCAGACCAGUUACAGUACCUGGAGCUUCUUCACCGCCAUUCGUUCCUGACGCCGAUACCAAUCCUUCUCUCUCAUUCGACCAGCAGCUUCAGUUGAUCAAACUACAAAAGGAAAAGUUGGAGCUGGAGGUGAAAGUACUUGCCAUGAGCCGCCAGGAACGCCCUCUCGAAAAUUCGUUCGCAGAUCUCUCCACGCAAGACGCCAGAGAUGCUAUUGCGCCAGGACGCACCAAGCGCAACAUCGACUGGCCACAGGAUUUUGUUCCGUCCAUUCAAGGUCGAACAGCGUCGUUUGGAAUGGCAGGAUUUUAAGUCUAUCCAAGAUCAAGCCACAACCUUUUUUCGCCAUUCAGAUUUACGACAUACACGACAGCGAAUUGACAACCCGCGUCAACCCUCUAACAACGCAUCCUCGGGUGAUCGUCAACAGGCGGUUCCACCCACAGUUAAAAAAGCUUGCAAAACCUGGAAUUACACUGGCUCUUGUGAUUGCGAUCCGCAAGAUGAAGUUAAUUACAAAGAACAUCACCGCUGUCGAGUGUGCAAGGCGGAUCACCCGAUGCUUCAUUGCUCAAAACGUCGCACACCAAUCCCACCCCAAUGACAACUAGGCCGAGUAAUUCCAGACGAAAUUUCCUCAGCGACCUCUUUGACCCGGAACGGAAACGGACAUGAACAUUUUAAAAAUUCAGCAGUUGUUCGACAUUUAAUUGCUUCUCGUCUCCAGCAGCCAAAUGCCUUCGGUGCCAAGGUUUUGGUUCCUACUUCGCUCUUGCUUUCGAACUGGAGAACACUGCUUUCCAAUUAUCAUGAUAACAUUGUGAUCGAUUUUCUUUCGUACGGUUGGCCUGUUAAUUAUACAGCACACACUCCUCCUGUUUCAUCAUUGCAUA